AUGGAAUCAUGUGGAACUGCCAGAUACUGGAUCGAAAUUCUUGCCCGCACUAAGGGAGGAGCGGCUUUACAUGGGACCAGCUUGGCACAGACUAUGCUGCGGGUUGUGAAUGCUGAGAAGAGUCUCAAGUUCUAUGUUGACCAGUUGGGCAUGCAGGUUGUCAAGUGCUCGGAUCACGGUGACUUCUCCCUCUACUUCUUAGCUUCUUUGACUCCCGAGCAAAAAGCACGGGCUCCCCCACCGGAAUCUGCUGAGGCUAAGGACUUCGUCAACAGCUUGUGGCAACCUGUUAUCGAGCUUACUCACAACCAGGAGCCGCCUAGCGGUGGGAAGUAUCACGACGGCAAUACGUCUCCCAAGGGAUUCGGUCACACUGCCUUCUUAGUAGAUGACUUGGAUGCAUUCUGUGUUGCUCUCGAAGGACAGGCGGUCCCCUUCCAUAAGAGGCCCAACGAGGGCGCUAUGCGCAACAUCGCUUUCGUGCUGGACCCCGACGGAUACAGAGUCGAGUUGAUACAGCGUGGCUUAACUUUCAAAGGUGUCGCUGAUGGGCUCGAGUGA